GACAGGCGACAGCUGACAUUAAUGGCACAACCCGACCUGUCAAGUGAAAAGUUUUAUUGGAUAAUUUUUAACUUAAUUAAAAUGGGACGGCUGUUCUAAUUACGGCGAUAAUUAUAAAAUGGACCGAACCGUUUUUUCCACCAGUUACAUCCCAGUCAUUUAAAAUUUGCUAUUUGAAAUUAGUUUGAAUUUGGGGCACAGUGAAAAGAAGUGGAAGGACUAGAUGCCGCGCUGGCGGCAGUACUUCAAGGGGCGGUGCGAUGCUCAACUUGGAGCAGGAAGUGGGAGUUUGGGAUUCUGUACUUCUUGAGCCCUUGUCGGAAGAUACCUUCAUUGCUAAUUUACAACAACGGUUCAAGAGAGACCAUAUCUACACAUACAUUGGGAACGUGCUUGUCUCCGUUAACCCCUACAAAAAACUAGCUUUAUAUUCGACUGAUCUUGUAGAAACGUACGUCAAAAGGGGCCCAUUCCAGCUUCCCCCUCACAUAUAUGCGAUUGCUGGGUCCGCUUACAGGUGGCUAAAUGACCGAAAUGAGGACCAGUGCAUUGUUGUCACAGGCGAAAGUGGCUCAGGAAAAACGGAAGCUGCAAGAAUUGUUUUACAGUUUUUAGUUUUAGUUUCGGGCGAUAUUGUUGGAGUUAAACUUAUGAAAGACCGCCUAGUUCAAGCUAACACUUUACUGGAAGCUUUCGGAAAUGCUAGAACGAUGAAAAAUGAUAACGCGUCCAGAUUUGGUAAAUUUUUGGACAUUGAGUUUGACUACAAGGGGGACCCGGUCGGGGGCCACUUGACCCACUAUUUUUUGGAUAAGGCCAGAGUUACGAGUUUAUCGCCAGGUGAUCGCAAUUUUCAUAUUUUUUAUCAAUUACUUGCUGGUGCUGAUAUUCAUCUUUUAAAAUGCCUAAAACUUCAACGCAAUGUCGAGCAUUACAACAUCUUGCAAACUGUAAAUAACCAACCGACCUUAACCGACGACGAAGAUAAAAAGUUGUUCGUUUACACGAAAAGUGCACUGGAGGUGUUGGGUUUUAGCGUUGAAGACAUUAUCGAUAUAUUCCAAGUUAUUGCAAUUGUGUUAAAAUUAGGCAAUUUGCAAUUUGUGCCUUGUAAUAACAUAGAUGGUACCGAAGGUUGCGCAAUCAGUAACGAAUACGAAUUGUUCGAAAUUUGCGAAUUGUUGGGCGCUGAGCACCGAUGGCUUCAGAGAGCCUUAACGAGUCGGCAAAUUGAAGACGGAAUUUUAGCUGACCUCAACGCGUACGAAGCGUCAAAAAUCAGGGAUAUUUUAUGCAAAACUUUGUACAGCCGGCUUUUUACAUGGCUGAUUAACAAAAUAAACGAAAUAAUUAAGGGCCAAAGGCUGGGCAAACGUAAGGUUUUGGGCGUGUUGGACUUGUACGGGUUUGAAGUGUUUGAGAAAAACUCAUUCGAGCAGCUUAUCAUCAACUACUGCAACGAGAAGUUGCAUCAGUUCAUUACGAAUGUUACGCUGAAGGAGGAGCAAGAAGAGAUAAUCAGGGAGGGGCUCGAGUGGGCAAAAAUAGAAUAUUUUAACAACAUAGUUAUUUGUCAAUUGUUGGAGCAUGAAAGUCACGGCAUUUUGUCACUGUUGGAGGAAUCGCACGUUCAGAGCGACUCUUGCUAUUUGAAUAGAGUCGAACAGUGUUGUGCUGGGCAUUCGUAUUGUCUAGCAGCCGAUGCCACACUGCCACAAUAUAGUUUUCAAAUUCGUCAUUAUGCGGGUACUGUCACUUACAACGUGCACGAAUUUCUGGAAAAAAAUCGAGAUUCGUUGCCUAAAGAAAUAUCUCGAGCUAUGUUUCGUUUCGAUCACCCUCUAAUGAAAUCGCUUUUUCCCGAAGGAAACCCCAAACGUUGCACUUUCAAACGACCAGUCUCUAAGUCAGUCCAAUUGCGGGUGUCUUUAAACUCGCUUUUGAAAAGUUUAAACUCGCGUCAGAUUCACUACAUCCGGUGCUUGAAACCGAACGAAAUGAAACAACCCCGCAUUUUAGAAAUGGCCCUCAUCCAACACCAGGUGCGUUAUCUGGGGUUGGUCCCAACGGUGCAAAUCUGGCGCUCGGGCUAUUGCUAUCGCUUGGCCUAUCCGCAGUUUCUUUGCCGGUAUAAGAUGAUUUGUGGGAACACCUGGCCCAGAUGGCGCGGGUCUCCCAUAGAAGGUGUUUCAGUGCUUUUACGAUCACUGCCAAUUCCAAGUGCGGAAUUUACCUUCGGUCGAAAUAAAUUGUUCGUGAGGAGUCCACGAACUGUUUUUGAAUUGGAGGAUUUUAGAAGGGUGAGGUUGCACGAUUUGGCGCUUUUGAUACAGAAAUCCUGGAGAGGGUUCAGUCAGAAGAGGAAGUACCAGAAGUUGAGGAGGUGUCAGAUGGUCAUUGCUUCGGCCUGGAGGAGUUGGCGGGAAAUGAAAUGCGGAAUUCCUUUUUCAGCACGUAAACACCUUUGGUCAUUAUCACGGGUGGCACAGGAAGAGUACAGGACGUUAAAACACCGCAAACAAGUCGAAUGGGCCGCUAGAGUAAUUCAAAGACAUUAUAUUCAAUGGAAGCGAAGACGAUUUCUUCAAACAUUUUGUAAACUAUUGCCGCCCGAUGCCGACUCUCCUAUUUGUAGAGAAUGGCCAUCUUGUUCUUCCAGAUUAGCUGAAUGUAAUAAUCUAUUGAAAAAAAUCCACCAUCGUUGGCGCUGUGGUAAAUACCGCCUUAAGUUCGACCAAACUGCGCGAAAUCGCAUGAGGGAAAAAGUAACCGCCAGUUUUAUUUUCAAAGACAGGAAGUGUUCAUAUCCUAGAAGCGUUUCGCAUCCAUUUCUUGGGGAUUACGUUCGGCUAAGGCAAAACAUUCAAUGGAAAAAAAUCUGUUUAGAGAGCAACGACCAAUAUGUAGUUUUCGCUGACAUUAUUAAUAAAAUAGCGCGUUCUAGUGGCAAGUUCGUGCCAAUCCUCCUGGUUGUUUCCACACGAUCGAUGUUGAUUUUGGAUCAACGGACGUUGCAGAUAAAAUAUCGCGUGCCUGCGACUGAAAUUUACAGGAUGUCUCUGUCGCCGUUCCUCGACGACGUGGCCGUGGUCCACGUGCGUGCGUCGUCGAUAGCCAACGCAGACAGCGCUAGUUCGAAUUCGGACGCAACUGGUUGCUUAUUUCAGAGCGAUUUGAGUAAGAAAAAGGGCGAUUUCGUGUUCCAAACGGGGCACGUGAUCGAAGUCGUAACGAAAUUGUUCCUGGUCGUGCAAAACGCCACAGGGAAGCCGCCCGAAGUCAACAUAACGACAGAGUUUGAGGCGAAUUUCGGGUCGCAAACGGUGACUUUCACCUUCAAAUGCAUGGGCUUGCCUGAAGUGCAACCCGGGCAGAUCCGCGUGCUUCGCAAAGGCAACAAAAUGGAAGUUCAUGUGUGACAUUUUGCCAAACAUAUCCUCGAGACCAGCGUAUUGAUCACUGCCAUUAGAUUUGCACAAUAGAUUGGGAGAAAUGUUCCGUUGACCAAAAAUUGAUCCUAGCUUAGCGUGAGAGUUUUAAAUUUGUGUUAUGGCUGAAAUUUUAAAGUACCUUUACAUUGAACAAUCACGGACGAACUAGCUUACGUAUUCAUAAACCCCAUUAAGAUGCAAGGUAUAAGGAUAGUUCGACAAUUCUUGUUAAUAAAUUACGUCUCGUAUACAAGUUAAAGUAAUUUUUUAAAGUUAACGCCGAUUGGUGGAUCGGCCUUUAGUCUAAUUGACUUUAGACGUUAGUUUCUCAUGGUUUAAUUAUUUGUAACGUACAUUCCCAGUUGGUUUCUUACAAGACGAUGUAAAAAUGUUGAUAGUGUACAUUAUCUACAUUUUUCUCUAAGUUCUAUAAAUUGUAAAUCCAAUAGCAAUAUGUUAAUAAACAAGUUAUAUUUUUA